AUGCCGGACAAGGACUGCGACUACCACAAGGGCACUCGUCCUACAUUCAACCUGAGUUUCUGUCCCUUCUCGUUGGGGAUUUUUCUGGGAACGGCUGUGCUUGUGGCGCUGAAUCGUCGGCAAAGCCAGCGGAACUCGAGUGAAGACGAGACUCUACCAACCUGUCAAGUUGUUUUUGUCUUGGGUGGGCCCGGUGCCGGUAAGGGGACUCAAUGUGAACUCGUCACGCAGCACCAGCCUGGAUGGUCGCAUCUCUCGGCGGGUGACUUAUUGCGAGCUGAGCGACAACGAGGUGGCGAACUUGGCGAUACGAUCAACAAGUGUAUUGCGGAUGGUAGACUCGUACCUUCCAAGGUCACGUGCCGCCUACUGGAAAAGGGCAUGCACGAAGUGUACGCAAAGUCCGGUGGUACCAAGUUUUUGAUUGACGGCUUUCCGCGAUCGCAGGGCAAUGCCGAAGCCUGGAAGGACACAAUGUCGCAUCACAAGGUUGAAUUCGUUUUGUUUUUAGAUUGUCCUGAAGAAGUCAUGAUUGGGCGUCUGUUGGAAAGAGGGCAAACAUCGGGAAGGAACGACGACAAUAUGCAAGUAAUUAAAAAGCGCUUCGAAACCUUUGAAUUGGAAACAGCUCCCAUCGUAGACUGGUACGACCAACAAGGCAAAGUGAAACGAGUCUCAGCUGAUAAGGGACAGGAAGAUGUCUACGCCGACGUUGCAGCCUUGUUUGAAACCUUAUAG